AUGCCCAUAAAACCUAGCCUUCAAACGUUAUUAAAACGUCACCUCCUUUUCCCUAUCUCCUCCUCCUUUCCCUUCCCUCUCCCCUUCCUCUCUCUCCUUUUCUCCCCACCUCCUUCGCUCCCUCCCCCUCUCUCCGUCUAUGGGCCCAGGGGUAAGGCCCUGUGCAGUAAGCCUGAGCUGCAGCAGGUGCUUGAGAGGCGUAAGAAGGAGCAGACUCAGAAAGAGGAGGGAGACCAGGCCAGGACUCCGCUGGAGGAAGUGCUUCUGAAACGCCAGCAGAAAAACACUGAGGUGAGUGGGGAACGCUACGGUAGCCUAUCCCAUCUCACACAGCCCACACCUGGGUCAUGUUCAUUAAUAAACAAAUGGAAGAAAGCAGACUGAAACAGGGAAGGACUACAUGUACUUGUCCAAUAAGAAACAUACAUUUUCCAUUUGUUUUGGUAUGGGGGGUAGUUUAAUUUUAGCACACAGGUAGGCAAAACACUACCAGGAUACACUUCCAAACUCCAUCCCAGCACCAACCAGGUCAAGGGCUGUGCUCUGCCAGGAAGCCUUCAUAAGCACAACAGGUGGGGCCAAUCAAGACGAUUGUGACUCAGUGUGAGAGAGGUGGCAGGAAGCCUCUCAGCCUGCCUCUAUUUGUUUUGCAUUACCUUUAGUUUUUGGCAUGCCUCUAGUGUUUUUUCCUUUUUGUACAUAUUUAUGUUUUGUCACCAUCUGAACAAAUAAUACUCUGCUUGGACUGGCCGACCAUGGGAGUCAUGACUGAGCUGGCCCGGAAUAAGUGGAAUGGUCUCAAAUACAUCAAACGCAUGGUUUCCAUGUGUUUGAUUCCAUUCCAAUUGCUCCGUUACAGCCAUUAUUCUGAGCCGUCCUCCCCUCAGUAGCCUCCACUGCAUUCAACACCUGGUAGCAUAUGCUUACUUUUCACCUUUAUGCACACAUCAAAUCAGGUUACAGACCAUGCAGACCAUGCCUAAGACCCCUAAACAUAACGAGUGCAGCUAAGUCAGUAGGCUAGUUAUUGGUUUCGUAACACAUUGCAAAAAAUGUCAAACGUUUUCCGUUGUGUGCCCUGAUGAACACGAGCCUGACACAGCUUCCAACUCAUGUCUAACAUAGUUCAUAACACAAAACGGACACAAAAUGCAUCUUGUCUCGAUCUUUCAGUAAAAUGCUAUGGACAACUUUAAAUAAAGUUUGAAUUGAUAUGCUAUACCGGUGCUGUUUCCAUUUCUCCUGUCUGACAGAGGGAGAAGCACGAAGGGGAGAGAGUGCAGGAGGAGGCCCAGCUGUUGGAGUUUGUCAGAGUCCGACAGAACCUGAAGAAGAUCCAGGCUUUCCACAAGGCCACAAACUCUUGA